CUUAGAGCUUUGGUUGUGGUGUGACGAUGAUACACGCGUGUGAGAUCACAGAUGCGCCUCCACCUGGCUUCUUUGUGGUCCAUUUUUCCCGGCCGCUACCGUUUCUCGAGACUAAAUGGUGUGCAUGAAUGUCUUGGCUGACACUCCCAAGUCGAUCAACAGUGCCAAAAAGCGGGGCAAGCGCCAUGUGAUCAUCAGGCCUUGCUCUAAAGUCAUUGUCCAAUUACUCACAGUCAUGAUGAAGCACAGCUACAUCAAGGAGUUUGAGAUCGUGGUCUUCCUCAAUAGCCUGCUCAACAAUUGCAGUUUCAUCAGCCCCCACUUCUACGUCCAAUUGAAGGACACCGAGACGUGGACGCACAACCUCCUGCCGUCCCGACAGUUCGGCUACAUUGUGCUGACCACGUCCGGUGGAAUCAAGGUCCAGGAAGAAGCUAGGACAAAACAUCAGAGAGGCAAAAUUUUGAGCUUCUUCUUCUAAGAAAUAAAAGCACACGUGUGCUCCGGUUUGACAACUGACUGUUCACAUUACAGGAAGUUAGUAACCAUAUACAGUGGCUCCCUUCAAUCGCAAACUGACUAGCAUAU